AACACCCAGCUUCCACUUCUACAAUCAAUUCCAACAUCAACCUUCCGCUCUCGAGAUCCCACUCUCCGAAACCACAAACCGCAGCUUCACGCGCGGCCAUGUCCCGCCCACCACCCCUCCCCCACCCAACAACGACCCUCCACCUCUACCGGCACCUCCUCCGCGAAUCCUCCUACCUCCCCGUUCUCAUCCGCCCCUUCUUCGACGAGCGCAUCACCACGCGCUUCCGCGCCCACCGCUCCGACCCCUCUCCCUCAUCCUGUCCACAAACCGCCAGCCGUCUGAAGCGCGCCCACCACGACCUGCGCUACCUGCGCGCCGCCAACGCCGGCGACCUCCCGCGCAUGCGGCGCAUUUUGCUCCUCGCAUUCGGCCGAACGGGCGCCAAGCGCCGCCAGCUUCUUUCCGAGUUACUAGAGCCCGAUACCCCGACCAGCGACGAGGAGCUACAGAAGUACAUCAACAAGGCACGGGCGAUAGUUAAAGAGGGGCGCAAACCGGAUUGGUUGGAUAAUUGGGACACGGAAAAACUCAAAGCGUUUGUGCGCUCGCAAACGGGCGGCGCGCCGCCGAUUGUCAACCGGCCGAAGCCGGAGAUUACGAAUCACCAACUGGCGCCUGAGCGAUAUGUGCCCAAGGAAGAUAUUUGGGGUGGCCCGUUGAAUGAGAAGGUUCAGAGGACGAAGCUGAAGAAGACGUAUAAGCAGGUGGCGGAUAAGGUGUUGCCGCCGGUGCCGAGGGAGGAGUGGGAAUUGCUACGGGAUUUGGUGAAUAAGAAGGAGGAGUGGGAGGUGCCUAAGAGGAGGACGGUUGGGAGGACGAUUUGGGCCAAGGAUCAGAAGGAUGAGGCCCUGGACUGGAACUGGCAGAGAUAUGCUACCCAGCCCAUUUGGUUGGUGGAUAGGCAAAAGAGCAGGAGGAAUAUGUUGCUGAGCGGGCAGGUGGAGGAGGAUCUACCGAUGGGCGAGCAGCAGCCGAUUAAUUGCCAUCGGUAUACGCCGAGGCUGUGGAGGAGGACUUUGGAGCAGGUGUGGCGGAUGACGGCAGUUAUGGAGAGGAAAAAGGAUGGGAAGGGGUGGGAGAUAGAAUGGGGACAGAAGAAGUAUGAACCGCCGGUGGCACCAUCGGCGGAUCUAGAGUUUUUCGCGGGCGCACCGGUAAGAACGGAGCCUAAGAAGAAGAAGGGAAAGCAGUGAUCACAAUCUGUGGUCCGUUGUUUUGGAUGGAAUAUGGAUGGAUAGAAAGGGACUCCGCUCAACUCGUACAAAAUGAUACCCGAGCACACUCAUGGUCACAAGCACCACACCAUAAACCUCGUAACCAGGCACCAGCCUGCCCUUCCUGAACCGCAACCCCUCCCCAUCAACC